UUGGCAGUAAGAGUAGAGAAAAAACGCGGGAAAUUGAAUAAAGGUCUACCAAAGUCUACGACGGUAGACUACAAUAGACGGUACGGUAGACUACAAACAAAUAGAAAGAUAUUGGAAGAAUUACAGCUUAAGAAACAGAUGUUAAUGAAACAAGGUGCCGUAGCUCCUUUGACUGCGACCACGAUAUCCCUUGCACAGCCUAGCCCUGUCAGCCAAUUGCCCAUGUGCUCUAUUCCACCGCUUUCUGCAACUGCUGGUUUCCCACAGCUACCAGAGGCUAAUAUUGUCAACACAAGUCACAGAGCCGCACUACAACACGCGAACGCAACAUCUUGGGGAUUUUUUGUCUCUCAAGAUUCGUCAUUUGGUGAUCAAAUACUCCCUGUAUUACCAACAUUUGAAAGCAAAUAG